CGGCGGCAGGGCUACGUGGCAGGGCCGGCUGCUGCUGCGCGGGCAAGUGGGGUAAGAUGGCUGCACAGCGGGGCGUGCGGGUUGUUGGGCUCUGCCCCGGAGCCCGGUUGGGUAGGGUCGUUAGGGCCCUCCUGCUACUGCUGUGGUUUGCGGCCCGCGGAGGCGCGCUUUACUUCCACAUCGGGGAGACGGAAAAGAAGUGCUUUAUUGAGGAGAUUCCGGACGAGACCAUGGUUAUAGGAAACUACCGGACGCAGUUGUAUGACAAGCAGCGAGAGGAAUACCAACCGGCCACCCCCGGGCUUGGCAUGUUCGUGGAGGUUAAGGACCCAGAGGACAAGGUCAUCCUGGCCCGGCAGUAUGGCUCUGAAGGCAGGUUCACCUUUACCUCCCAUACCCCUGGUGAGCACCAGAUCUGUCUUCACUCCAAUUCCACCAAGUUCUCCCUUUUUGCUGGAGGCAUGCUGAGAGUUCAUCUGGACAUCCAGGUAGGUGAACAUGCCAACGACUAUGCAGAAAUUGCUGCGAAAGACAAGUUGAGUGAGUUGCAGCUACGAGUGCGACAGCUGGUGGAGCAAGUAGAGCAGAUCCAGAAAGAGCAGAACUACCAGCGGUGGCGAGAGGAACGCUUCCGGCAGACCAGCGAGAGCACCAACCAGAGGGUGCUGUGGUGGUCUAUCCUGCAGACCCUCAUUCUCGUAGCCAUCGGCGUCUGGCAGAUGCGACACCUCAAGAGCUUCUUUGAAGCCAAGAAGCUGGUGUAGCCGUCCCAGGCUUCCCAGGCCAUCCUUCCUCCCUGGCUGGGGAAGCAAGGGCCUCCUGGACUGACUUCUCUCCGGCAGGAGGCCUGGUCCCCAGCCAUGGGUGUCUGCAGGGGAGAGGGGCCACAGCACAAGCUGAGGGUAGCAGCUUGGCUGGCUAAUACUGAGCAGGUGGUAGGGUAAAUGCCUGCCCCCUCCCCUGGGCCCUUUGCAGUAAUCUGAAGCCACUGGGAGCCCUACUGACACCUCAGAAUCACAGUGUUACUUAUCAGGGAUGUGAGCCUAUUGUCUGGGAUGACUGGGGGGAGGGGAGUGGGUGGGCAAGCCAAGUCUUCCUUCUGUCUUCCUUUCCUAACUUGGAAUUUUGACCAAGUUGGGGCAUGAUUCCCUGCCACCCAGGAAACCUCACUAUUCCCUCCUUGGGCCUAGACCCAGCCUGCUGAUCCGGGGUGUGUGUGUCAAUUGAGGGUGGGGUAGAGGGAGUUGCAGUGUGGGAAGGUAGCCCUGAGGUGGACCCCAGGUUCUUCACGUGGUUGUUCUUUUGGGGACUAGAGAAACUGGGGUUAGGCCAAAUAGAGGCCUUGGUGCUGGUUGGAGAUGGGGCCUGCAGAGUCUUAGUUACUGAUUUCAUUUUCAAUAAGUUUAGGUUUGUUACAUUGGUUUCCCAAUAAAAAAAAAUUAACUUCUUGUCCAGU